UUCUGUUUUUAGCAGUACAGUUCAGUUCAAUUUGCCCACCCCUACUAUAUAUAGUGUGAGUGGUAGAUGAGUGUGGCAGGAUAAACAAUGGCUUCUAUAGAAUGGCUACAAGAACAACUUACCAUAGCUUUUCUUUCUUCUAUUUGGUAUCCAUAUUUUUUCUUCUUUCUUCUUGCUGUUGNUGUGUUGAAGCUAGCAAGAAGAUCAAAAAACAAAGCCAGUUUCAAUCUGCCUCCAUCACCAAGAAAGUUACCAAUCAUUGGCAAUCUUCAUCAGAUAGGCACAUUGCCAUACCGUUCUUUCAGUUCCCUCUCACAAAAGCAUGGUUCUCUGAUGUGGUUGCAGUUGGGGCAGACUAAGACUUUGGUGAUUUCAUCAGCAGAUUUGGUGAGGGAAAUCAUAGAAAAUCAUGACAUAACCUUCUCAAACCGACCCCAACUCACAGCAGCCAGGUACAUGCUGUACGGAUGUAAUAACAUUGGUUUUUUAUCCUAUGGAGAAAGCUGGAAACUGAAAAGAAAAAUAUGUUCCCUUGAACUUCUCGGUGCCAAAAGGGUGCAGCCACUUCACCUCAUCAGGGAACAAGAGGUUGCAGAAUUGGUAAAAAAGAUAGGCAAAGCAACCUUGAGAGAAGCAUCUUCUGUGAAUCUAAGUGAGUUGCUUCUUGAAGUAUCAGACAACAUCAUCUGUAAAUGUGCUCUUGGACAGAAGGUCAAUAGCAGCAGGGUCAAAGAGCUUGCAAGGAGGUUGAUGAUUCAAUUUGCAGCUGCCACUGUGGGGGAUUACUUUCCCUUGCUCAGUUGGGUUGAUUUUCUGACUGGCAAAAUUCAAGAAUUCAAAGCCCUUUUUGAAGCAUUUGAUAUCUUUUUAGAUGAGUUAAUUGAGGAGCAUAAGCAGGUUCAGAGGGAAGCUGAUCACCGCUCCACUGAAAACGACUUUGUGGAUAUCCUCAUCCAAUAUCAGAAGAAUGCCAUGCCUGAUUCUGAGCUCACCAAUGAUGACAUCAAAUCAAUUAUAAUGGAUUUGAUUAUAGCAGGAAGUGACCCAACUGCAUCAACACUACAGUGGGCUAUGGCAGAGCUGAUGAGAAAUCCAACGAAGCUGAAGAAAGCUCAGGAAGAGGUGAGAACAAUUGUAGGGAAUAAAUCAAAAGUAGAAGAAAAUGACAUAAAGCAAAUGGACUACAUGAAAUGUGUAGUGAAAGAAACUCAAAGGUUACAUCCAUCUGCUGCACUCUUGCCUCCUAGAGAGACAUCAUCUACAUUGAAACUGAGAGGAUAUGAUAUUCCUCCCAAAACAAUGGUAUAUGUGAAUACAUGGCAGAUUCAGAGGGACCCUGAAGUUUGGGAAAGGCCUGAAGAGUUCAUUCCAGAGAGACAUGCUAAUAACAAUGUUCCUUUGAAAGGCCAAUUUAUUCCAUUUGGUUUUGGGAGAAGGACAUGCCCUGGAAUGAGCUUUGGACUUGCUAAUGUUGAGUAUAUACUGGCCAACCUUCUUUAUUGGUUCAAUUGGAAGCUACCUACAUCUCAUUCUUCUGUACAAGACAUAGACAUGACUGAGACAUUUAGGCUUGUUACCUUCAUGAAAGUGCCACUUCAUGUCAAACCACUUCCCUUUGAAUCAAGCUUCUAAUUUACUAUGAAGUCAUUUAUGCUGUGAUUGAUCUUUGCUGGUUUGCAAUGAGUGUUCUAAGUGGUGUUGUUAACUAUGUAUUCAUCUUUAAGAAGACUAUAUUAUGUAUUUCUUAUUUCAGAAAUGUCAUUUUUUAUAUUCUCAUCUGCAACUUGAUUAAGAAAAAUUAUUGCCUCUCAGCUUUGUUUGCACUUUAAAUUUCUGGCUGUGUUAUUUGGACCCUUCCUUUGAUUAUUGAACCUUUCUAUGCCUUGUUGACAUUCUUCAUGCAGACAUAAUGUGAUAUGUCAGAAGCUUGAGUUGCUAUUAAAAUGAAAGGUAUUGUUGUAUUGAAAAAAUGAGAGUUUAGUUAGUGUUAAUGAUUAAAAAAUCAUAUUUGUUUUAUAAUAUUUGUUUGCGUAAAGUAAAAAUAAUGAAAUUAGAGAAGUUCGUUUAUAACACAUUGCCAUCGGGAUUAAAUAUUAAAAUUAUAACAAAUUUGAAUAUAUCAAUUUAACUUAUAUAAUUAUUAGUUAGUGAUUUUUAAAAAAUAAUGUUGUUUGGAGUGCUUCAUGCUUUCCUUCUUCUUAUACUUUCAUAAUUCUAAAUAUAACCUUCAAUAAUAAAAGUUUUUACCAAGUUAAAUACUAUUUUUUACUUUUCUCUACUCUCUCCUCUGCACAUAAAAGAAUUGUCCCAGCCGCUGUAUUUUGAUUUUUUAAUGGAAAGCCUAUUCAGAAAUUUUUAUUUUUAAAUUUUAGUUAAAAUUUAUAUUUCUUUU